AACCAUUGCCAUACUCGGGUCAUGUCAGGGUCACGUCGGAGUCCUAUUCUGAAGAAAAAAACUCACUCACAGCGAAAUAAUUUCAAUUUCUUCGGAAAUAUCUCCAAGACGCCAUAUUUUCGAGGAGCCCGACUUGGUAGAACAUAAGAUAUGUCACCGGCACCACUUCUAGAAGGUUUUCUAGCCAUGGAGGUGCUUUCGCAGCCCCAACUCAAGCGCUUGAAAGAGCACAAAUACAGCGCAGAAGGGAAGUCGAUCACUGAGCCCGUCAUGCAGGUGUUCUGGUGCUGGCUUGUGGAGCAAGUCCCCCGGACGGUCGCCCCGAACACCAUCACACUGGUUGGCUUAGCUGCAAACAUUAUCUCGACUUUGAUACUUGCUUUCUAUUGUCCUACUGCAACAGAAAUGGCUCCCCCAUGGGCCUAUGUAUUUGCAGCUCUAUGUCUGUUUGCAUACCAGUCAUUAGAUGCUAUAGAUGGAAAGCAGGCUAGGCGUACAAACUCUAGUACUCAACUAGGAGAACUCUUUGACCAUGGCUGUGAUGCAGUAUCAAUUGUCUUUGUGAGUGUUGGAGUAUGUACUGCAAUGCAGCUAGGAACACACCCAUGGCUUACAUUCAUGACCACGUGCACAUCAAUGUUCAUCUACUUCACAGCUCAUUGGCAGACAUACGUCUGUGGUACACUCAAGUUUGGAAAAUUUGAUGUAACAGAAGGACAGCUAACGUUCUGCUUUAUCUAUCUUGUAGCAGCAUUUCUGGGAGAAGAUACCUGGAUGGCAAAGGUACCAGUAGUUGAUAUGGAGGUGAAGACUGUAGCUACUGUGUCUGGUCUCAUGUUAUCUUACCUCAGCAUCUAUAGCCAUGGAAGGGUCAUCUUUGGAGGGGGCAAAGGUCGGAAUGGAUCCACAGUCGCAGACACCAGUGUUAUUGCUCCUUUGUUCCAUAUCAGUGCUGUCAUUCUUCUGUUCUUCACAAUCUGGCAAAAGUCAAAGACUGGCAUCUUUGAAAGGCAGCCUUGUGUUUAUAUCAUCAUGUUCGGCAUGCUGGCUUCUAAAAUCUCAAUUAAAUUAGUGGUUGCACACAUGACAAAAAGUGGGAUGAAUUUCUUGGAUACAGCCUUCAUAGGCCCUGGUCUACUCUUCCUGAACCAGUACCUGGACACCUUGCUCUCAGAAGACGUUGUCUUAUGGCUCGCACUGGCUUGGUGCACCUGUGACCUGAUCCGCUUCUGUGUCGCCCUCUGUUGUCAGAUCUCCCAACAUCUUGGUAUAUACACGUUUGACAUUACAAGCAAGCCUAAUCCAGCAGAGCAGAGGUCGGGGGUCACGACGAGACGCCAAGCCAAGUUAGCUGCUCAAUGAGAUGAUGACAAUAUAUCCUUGUACAUAUCAACACAAUUCCAUUGGCCAUCAAAUUGUGUACUCUUUCUUUAAAUAGCUUUAUACUAACUUGUAUUGUUUUCAAUGUUUUACCGCUUUGAUUGUAAGAAUUGUAUUCUUAGAGCAUCCUUAUCUUACCUCAGAAUAACUUGCCAUAAAGAGAAAGAUGAAUGAAUGAUGAAUACAAAUAUAAGUAUUGAUUACUUUUAAAAUGAAUGAUAUAAAGAAAUAAUUAUGAUAAACGCGAGGAAAUUGUUACUUUCUCUCAAUUGAAUGAAAGAAAAAUGAUAGAGGAAGAUGGGGAAGAAAGCAAGAGGAGGAAAGGAGAUGAUAGAAGAUACUAGGACCCCCUUACAAUUCUGAAUUGAUAAAACAUCUUUCUAAUUAGAACGGUAACCCCACCCCAAACACUAAUGCCCCCUUAAUGAUUGGACCCAUGCUACGCUGUUGAUCUAUCAUGUACAUGUAUCAAGAUUAUUACUUUGAAUUGAAGUUUUCUUUAUACAUAUUUACAUGCAAACAAAUUUGCGUGUUAGAAUUCUUUGCUGUUUCAAUCUUGAUUGAUGAAAGUUCCGUGUUGCAAAAGUAUUGAAUCGUAUAUUAGUAUCAUGUAAUUUCAUGAAAAUUUCUGAUUGUAAAGCGAUAGACUAGUUCGGAGCUGGCUUUGGUACAAGGGACUGUUAAAUAUCCACAGAUCUUUUACACAUAGAGAAGUCCUUUUUGUGCAUUAUAGAAUAAUCACUGCCAAAGUGAUGGAGGUGCUUCAUCAAUACCUUUUGUUUGCCCUCUUGAGAAGAAUACUUCCAUCUGUGUUCCAUAGUCUGUACUGUUGUUGCAUAUACUGGUAUAAAUAAUGAGCGUGCAUCCAGUAUUCGUCUUGGUGGUUUGGUUCAAAUGUUCAUGCACAGAUUAUAUCUACGCACUGAUCUAUUGAUAAGAAUCUUAUAUAAUCAUGGCAGUCACCCUGAUUCCGAAGUAGAAUCCUAGUUAACCUUUAAGAUUAUUUGGAAAGAUUUGUGUGUACUAGGUUAUCAUGACAAUUUUCCUUUGAAAAGGCCAGCCUUGAAGUGUACCAAUCACCUUAAAAAGUUAUUUAUGCAUGAAGCAAUUCCUCAUAUUCUGAGACAUAAACAAUUGUAAAAUCAAUAUUUCUUCAGUUAUGCCCAAUAUGGGUGAAAUUUUGAUGAUAUCAUUAUUUAUAUAAGGAGUGGAGAUGGUGCACAUUGUGCGUGAAUGAAUCCGAUGACCAGGGUAAUAAUAUUUGUAAAGCGCUUACCAUAUUAAGCGCUAUAUAAAUCCAAAUUAGUAUGUCUAGAUAGAAUAGUGGAAUCAUUUUCUACAAUUGAUUGCCAAAUUUCAAGAUUUGUGGGCUUGUUCAGUCUGAACUGGAAAUAAAUAUGUACCAGAAAUUAACAAACCAACAUUAUUGCAAAAAUAGGCGUGCAUUCUACAUGUACAUAUACAUGACUUGUAUAUCUUUCUCUUAGAAUGUGACUGUGCAGCAGCGUGUCUGUGGGCUUGUGUGAUAUAUUGCUUUGCUUAGGUGGACAUUGUGACUUGUAUGUUGACUUGUAUGUUCUUUUCAAGAUAUUUUAUAGUCAGGUUUGUUUCUUGCAUGUAUUUUUUUAAUAACCUUGUUCUUGUUCAUACUUGUUUAUCUGUAUUUACUUGCGUCAACUGUCAGUCUUGGAUUCACACAAACCCAAAUUCACCACCAAACAUGCACAGUAUUACAGUGCAAAGUGGACAUGUACAGGGUAUGUAGGCUGGUGGAUUUGAAAAUUAUUACUGGUAAAUGUAUUUUAUACCGGUAUUCAAUGAAAAGUAGUGUGUUGAUCUAACAAAUUUCCUAGCUACACUGUAGUUUGGGAAAAAUUUCACAUUCUUCACCAAUUAAUUCAUCAAUCAAUUGUUCACAUGUUAGCUAGCUUUCAUCACAUUUGCGAAGGAAUCCAAUUUUCCUCUUUCUUUUUGCUGUGGAUAUAUAUGUGUGUAACAUUGAUAUAAUAUGACUAUUGAAAUGGUAGAAGACACGGGUAAUGUGGAGUUAUGCCUAUAUGCUGCAUGUGUGUUUUAGUUUAUGUUGUAGGGCUCUGGAUAUAAUUUCAAUCAUAUACCGGUAACCAUUGGGUCUUUGUGUUCUAUGUAUAAUAUCAGACUACAAGAAUCAAAUGAGGGAAUUACAUAGAUAUGGUACAUACAUGAACAGUUAACUCUUGGUAGGUUGAAUCUGUUGGGAUUCAAAAAUGGUUCAACGUACAUGUAUGCAGACUUUAUGUAAAUAACAUGUUUUGCAAAGUUGGUCCCCCAAAAGUUGAUUUGACUUGGGUAAAUUUAGAUUUGAGUGACUUUGUUUUAUGCAGGGUUAACUGUAUCCAGGUUAAAUUUACUUCCUGUAAAUGUGCAGGCAGGCGUCAUACUCAGUUUUGGUAAGCCAACAUAAUUCUUUGAUUUUAGAUGAUGAAUAGCAAGAUACAGCAUGUAUAUGUAGCUUUUAGAAUCUACUGUGAAUUUUUUUCCUCAAGUGAAAUAUUGAAUGAAAGAGAGGGUAAAAUGCCUCCUUGCCUGGCACGCAAACUCAAACACCCUUUUACACUUGAUACAUUCAAGUGUAAAAGGGCGUUUAACUGUAUCAUUCCAAUGUCCCUAUUUGCUACCAGCACUGUACAUGGGCUUCAUUGUUUCUGAUUGUAUUAUAAAGUGAAAUUGUAUUGACUCAUCAGCCGGUUUUAUCUGCUAAAAAGGAGAUCUGAAACUUACAAUUGAUUUGUAAAUUCUUGUGAUAACUGUAAUGAUGCAAUGUUUUUAUGGGACAUUCUACACAGAAUCGCCCAGUGACCAACCUUUAGCUUAUGCCCUUCUUUCUGCCUUGAUUUGUACUCGCAUCACUUUGACGAUUGUAGACGUAGCCUGGGUGUUUUGAAUAAUCACUUGAUUUUUACUUGUCUUUCUUUAGUAAUACAGUGUCUGUUUGUAGUUGAGAAAUAUAUCAGGCAUGUCAGUGGUGAGAAUGCAACCAAUGUUCUGUUUUGUGUGAUGUUACGAUUUGAUCUGAUCUUUGAAUUUUGCUUAACUUAAUGAAAAUAUGUUUUAAUUGUGACUGACCAUACAUGUAAAUAUAGCAGCAACAAUAAUGGUAAUAAUGAUGAUAAUACUAAUAUGUCUAUUAAAACCAAUAGUAUUACAUGUAAUAAUAAUAUUAAUGACACUGAUGCAUGUACAUGUAGUGACAAUAAUGAUACAUGUAGGCAUUUGUAUAACGUUCUCUAUGGCGUUCUCUAUUAACAAGAACUCCUUCUUUUUUUAGGCAAACAAGGAAAAAUGGAAGUAAAACAAAGCCAAAUGAAUGAUUUAUUCUACAAGCAUUGCUAAAAAAAAGUUUUCAACUUGGAUUUGAAUUUUUCUAAUGAUGUUGUAGUUAUAAACUCCAUUGUUCCAUUGAAGGGGUCCUUUGCCUUGGUUGAAAAAGCACUUUGGCCACAGCUGACUCUUGUUCUUGGGAUGUUGAUGUGACGAUGUUAAGGCUUCAAGAUGCUAUGUCCUGAAGGUAGUAUUAGGAGCUCAUCAGUUGAUGAAAUGCAUGCCAGUCCGAUGGGUAACAGUUGCAGAACAAGCAAAUUGAUUAAAAAACUUGUUGUCAAUGCACAUGUACAGGUCGAUUUUGAAGUUAGCCAUUCAUUGAGUCACUAACAAAUGUGAGCCAUUCUUUGUAACCUGAAUUAAACAGUAUAUUAUCAGUAGAGUGCAUCUCUUUCAUAUUGAAAAUGCUUUAAAACCUUUUCUUAAUCUGCUU